AAAUUAAAAUGGGGACGAGAGUGGCACCCCCGCCCCCCCCCCCCCCCCCAGUGUUUACUUGCCCAUUGUAAUAUAUAGGUCCAUGAUUAAAGCAAUGUAACGUAUGUUCAAUGGUACAACUAUACUACCAGGGGGUACCCGUACCAGCUCUUUUUACAAAAAUUAUAUCAUGUCAAUUGUUAUGUUGAUUCUGCCAUUCUGGUUAUGAAUAAUAAUUAGCAAUUAAGUGCCUCCAGUACUCCGAUCGUGCACAUUAUGAACCGAACAUUAUACAGCACGUACUCGUACAUCGUACGCUAUUUUCAAUGCGUGGGACUAGACUACAUGAGGAAUAUCCUGACUGAUGCAAUGGCGUUCACACGCAUUUUAUUCGUCCUUGCCGUGCAAUUUAUGACGUUUCUCCAGGUUUUGGGGGAUGAGAUGAAUCCGAAUGAAUUCCUAAAGCGAGAACAUUCUCUCAUGCGUCCUUACACUGGAGCUGGAGCUAGUCUCCCCAUGUGGGAUAUCAUGGGGAACACAAUGGUAACCAAUAGUUACAUUAGACUAACACCAGACCAUCAAAGCAUGAGGGGAGCUGUGUGGAACCAAGUGUCAAACAAGUCACCAAAUUGGGAGUUACAUCUUCAUUUUAGUGUUCAUGGAUCGGGAAAGACAUUAUUUGGGGACGGCUUUGCUAUUUGGUACACUAAGGAGCGUAUGAAAGAUGGUCCUGUAUUUGGAAACAUGGAUUAUUUCACUGGGCUAGGUCUUUUCUUUGAUACAUACAGCAACCACAAUGGCCCACACAAUCAUGCACAUCCGUACAUUUCAGCACAGAUAAACAAUGGCACUCUACACUACGACCACGACAGGGACGGGACACACACAGAGCUGGAUGGGUGCCACGCCCCUUUCAGGAACAAAGACCAUAACACACAUGUCGCUAUCAGAUACUUCCAGAAUAGACUAACAGUAAUGAUGGAUAUAUCCGGUGAGGGUAAAUGGCAGCAUUGUGUUGACCAGGAAAGGAUUAUCUUACCAACAGGAUAUUACUUCGGAGCAUCGGCUGCUACCGGGCAAUUAGCAGAUAAUCAUGACAUCCAUUCUGUAAAAGUUUACGAGCUUGAAAGUGUUGAUUUAGAUAAAAACACAGAUUACAGCAAGCUGACACCAUCAGCACAGUACUUUGCUCCACCUAGAGAUCACAUUGAUGAUCCUCAAGGAGCGUUUAAGAAUUCCACGCUAAGCUGGAAAAGAAUGUUUCUCAUUUUAUUUUGUAUCAUCUUGGGCAUCGCAGUCUGUAUCAUCGUCGGUGUAGUUGUGUUCCAGAAGAAACAGGAUUACCAGAGGAAACGCUUUUAUUAGAUGAAAAAUUUUUUUUUAUAGCCAUGGACUUUUUCAAGAGUUGCAUAUGUGUGUGUUUGGCAUUCCAUGUUUAGGAUGUUGGGCAUGAUUUGGAAUUUUUUUUUCUUGACGAACCUCGGCAGUAUAUGGGAGUUUCAGGUGUACAUCAAUAUUGACUUGCUGGGGGUAUGACAUCAUAAACAUGCUUUCUGUGUUCAUUACGGCACACACACAGUAAUAAUUAUACCUUCACUACAAGGUGGGCACUGGGCUUAUCCAUGGACUUUCAAAAAAGGACCCUAAACGAGUAAUCUUGCUUCGAUCUCAGAGCCCUCCGAACAACUACAUGUAGUUUGUCUUGUUUUCUCACCCUAAAUAAUGUUUUACAUCUCUAUUUUCAUAUGGAGAAAAAUAUUUCCACAUGCCAUGCACACAGGACUGUUGUAAAGAAAAUGCAUAUUCAAUGAUUUUGACAAUUCGAUCCCCUUUUUACUGUACGUGUGUAUGUUGCCCGAUAGUGAUAAACAAUCCUUACGUGUUUUUGUAAACAGCGUGGUGUCCACCUUGUAAUUGAAGUGGUAAUAGAAGGGUUUCCAUGGUAGUAACCAUAUUGACAAAGUUAAAAUAAUCACAAGUUCUUUGUGAAACCAACCCAUGGGUAUACUCAGUGUCUCAAGGUGCCUAGUUUCACAGAUUAUUAUAAGAAUGGUAACAGAAUUCAGCCAAUGGCGUGUUAACAUUUACCUUGAUGACAUCUCCCUUUUAUAUUAACGGUUUUUCGCUUUUCUUGUGAGAAAUAGAGGGAACAUGCUGCAAAUCUUGUUUUCAUUGAUGUUGUUAUACUAUUUAAGGUGGCAACCAUACUUUUUUUUUUUAUACGUUAUUAAUAAAUCAGGAUUCUGGUGCAGGCGUUAGCUGAAGUAUUAUUAGCCUUUAUCUUCCUAACCCCUGACAUAUAGUAAUAAAUCAUUUUAUACUCAGUCAACAUAUGCUCAAAAUUUUGACAAUAUUUAAGAUUAGAACUUUGAAAAUUAGAAUUUCAGUUAAAAGGAUUUGGAGAAGAUAAGGAUUAUGGUACCAGUAUUGGUUGAAGAUUCCAUGGGGUUCCAGUAAGGUGGUAAGUGGGGUUAAUUGGAAUAUUUGGUCUAUAUUGGGCAUUUCUCUGUUUAUUUCUGAUACUAAAACAGCGAUAUAAUGUAUGUAUAACAUUACAAUAAUAAUAAUAGUAGGCAUUUAUAUUGCACCAUCUAUGUAGAAAUAUUCUAUUCCGAGGCACACAAGAAAAAUAGAAAGAAUUAAAAAGCUAGGUCUGUAUCUUUCUGUAAGAAAUAAUAUUCUUGUUCAUUUAGCCAAGAUAUGUUUACAUGUACCAAUCCCUUGUUAGUAGUGGGAAGAUAAAGUAAAUAUUUGAUCAGUAUUAUUUUACAUAAAAAUCAUCAGUUUUCCAUCAGAUACCUAUGUUUCAUACAAUGCUUUUAAUGUCAGGCUACUGAUAGAGAUAAUCAUUAUUGGCAACUAUUAUCAUAUAUAUUCUCAAAAAACUUGUACUCUAAAUUCAAAUAAAUUAUUUCUCCAUUCUCAUCAGUUACUCUAAAAAUUGUCAAGGUAUUGUAAAUAAAAUGCAAAUGACAAAUUUUCAUGCAAUUUUCCAAGAUUUUAUAUUUGAUGCGUACCAAAUUAACAUCUACUCAACUCAGUUUGCCUCUUUGAAUUAGAUAUUCUUUCACCUCCUCCUCUCAAACUCGUUUAUUCAUUUUGUAUACUGAAAUGUGGUUCCUUUUAGCUCUAACAUAUCGGAUAACUUCUCACAAGUGUGAGAAAUCAUUUAAAAUGAGAGAGGUAAAACUUAAUUCUUUACUUUCCUUCUUUGAUUAGGGAUACACUUUACAAUAAUACCUGAUUUAAAGCUCUCAGAUAGUUGUGACUCAUUUUGGGUUUGGGGGCUCGAAUUUGACGUUUACCGUCUGUAGAAAAGUUGAAGUUGGGGUAAAAGACAAACCAGAUAGAAGUACUGCAUAAGUUGGUUCACUAAACCCACGUUCCUAGCACUGCUACACAUCUACAUGGCACCUCGCACUGAUACACUGAAUGCUUUCAUCCCGGGAUAGCUUUGGAGCUGCUGAACCGAUUAUCCCUCAAGGUUCACCUAUGUGAAAACAGAUCCUUUAUCAUUGGUGAUUAAUAUGAAUCUUUGAUAUGAAAAUGGUAUAGUUAUGGUAUAUGAAUUUUAAAAGAAUGUUGAUAUGUGAAGUGUUUUAUCAAUGUAUUUUUAACAGUCACUCAAUGCUCUUGUGUUAUCAUCAACCCUUGGAAAGUUGAUUCAUUGGUGGUCAAAACUUUGUGCAAGUCAAUGAUAGAGUCCCGUAAAUCAAAUUUGUUUAACUUUUUUAACCCGUCUGUGUCACAAAUCUUUAUAUUCUACAAAAUAAGGUUGACUCUACUGUUGUAUCUUCAACUCAUAUUUGAUGUGCUACUAAAUUGAUUCAUUUAAAUGGAUCACAAAAUUAACCUGUCCUGUUAUUUGUCAAAGUUAAGAAAUGGUUCAGAUUUUAUUGAGCAUAAAACUAGGACAAAUCAAUUGGUUGUUUUUCACUGUUUUGUUUAAAGUGCGAUGUAAGUCUUAAUUUAUAUGGCGGUGGUGGGUUUCUUUGUUUCUAUUCUGUGCAUGCUUGUUAUUCUUUUAGGGAAAAAAGGUUUUGUAUUUCGGGCAUUGUAGGGUUUAUAAAAAAUGUCUGAACCUUAUGUUAUAUUCCAUUUAUCAAUGUAUGGGGAUUGUUUUCUUGCUCUUUUUCAAUAUGCCUUGUAAUACUUGCCUUGAUGUGACUUUUAUGGAUACCAAGUUGAUUAAAACCUCUAAUUUGAUUUUUCCUCAAACAAAAGGUUUUUUUUUCAACAGUUGAACAGGAUCCCAUCUUACAGAGUUACAAUUGAUCUGAUCAAUCGCAAUUCUAUGGAAAUCCAUCAUUGUCAUGAUAUUUUCUACAAGAAACUUAAUGUCAUUUGUAAACAAAGAGAAGCACACUGAAAUUUCAAGAAAACAAAGAAUGCAUGAAUAUACAUCAUAGUUAGAAAAUAUUUUGAACAAACAUGCAUUUAAGAUGUUGACGUUGCUUCCUUUCCGUAGUUGUGGUUGAUUGGAUCAAUGGCAAUCCUUUGUAAGAUAGGACCUAUUAGUUGUUUUCCCUACUGAAAUCCACACCUAUAAAGUCCAACAAUGUGAUAGAGCAUUCGACCUCCUGUGAUUUUGGACUCUUUAAAGUAAUUCACUUUUAGUUGCUUAGCAAGGUCUAGUGCAUUGUAAACAACACCUGUAGGAUAAUGGUCUGCCUCAGUCGACCUGCUCUACAUGUAUGUCAAAUAGUUGGAGCAACUUUUCUGACCAGGGGCCCGUUGCAGAAAGAGUUGCGAUCAAACGCAACUCAAAAUAUCUUGCGCAACUUGAUUUUCAACCAAUGAAGCACCCGUAUUCGGGACUUUCGCUUGAUAUUUUGACUUGCGUUUAAACGCAACUCUUUCUGCAACAGACCCCAGUUGGGUGUUUCACAAAGAGUUAAGUAUGACUUCAAUGCACACAUGAUUUGGAACACACAUUCUUAUUGAUUAAUAUGCAGUAGUGCACGUCCUCUCAGCAUGAUUUGACCAAUGCGAUGAUGCCUUUUAUACCACACGCAACUGGGAAUUUGAUUGCCACUCUGAUUCACGCUCUUGUGAAACACCCUCAAGAACAUGUGAAGCAUUCAUUAAGUUGAAACGGAUUGAUGUUCCAAGACAUUCGACUUAGGCAGACUCGCCUGUACAGGUGCCAUCUUUUGUGUAGAACUGGUCAUAGUAAUCAUAUAAGGGAUAAAUGCAUACCGAGGGUGUGGUAUACCAUACAUUUUUGUAGAAUUUUGGAUUUGAUGGCAGAUUCUAUUUGGGGCAAUGUAGUCAUAACAAAAUAAUGUGUUGAAAAUCAAUGCCACAAAGAUUUUGGCUUAUAUACUGUAUCUACAUACUUCUGGGGCCCAUUGCAUAAAAGUUACUAUUACAGUAACUUUGCCAUCCAAUGGUUAUUACCAUGUUAACAGUGCUCAACAGCCAAUCAAAGUCAAGUAUUUCAUGUAAGUUACUACUAAAUAGCAAAAUUAUGAUAGUGCUUAUAGUAACUUUUUUUAAUGGGGGCCCAGGUAAUAGUAGUAAUACCUUGUCUCAUUAUUGGAAGCUGAAAAAUUAUUCUUGACUUCACUCCAAUAUUUUUAACCACCACUAAGCAUAUACCGCACUCAUUGCACUCAAGUAUUUGAAUAGUGAAAUGAAUUUAAUAACUUUUACAGUAAAUGAUUUAUUGUAUCAAAAUUUGUACAUAAGAGCAAUAUUUUGGCAUAUAAAUUCUUCCCUGGAACACUUAAGUAUUUACAUAUUGCACAUUUGAACUGUAAUAUUUGACCGAGCAUAAAUAUUAAACAUGUUUGCGGCUAAAGCCCCCGUUCCACUAGGUCGAUUUUGCUACAAUUUGACAAACCUUCAGAUCAGGUAGGAUCGGGGGAAAAUGAGUCACUUUCCCAGCAAUAUAAGUUGUCCAAAGGAACGGGGGAUUCAUUACGUCCACGUGCCGCUGUUAGUAUGCCAGUAAAGACCCGAAUAUGCUCAUCCCAUGACUGCGCGCCGUGUUGCUUACGCUUUUUCCCGCUUCCCCCACGAUUCAAAAUGUGUGUUUUCUGAUCGGGAAGAUCUGAUCGGGAAGAUCGGCAUGAAAUUUUGAACAUGUUUUAAAAAAAUUAGCCUAUCUCGCCGAUCUGAAUAUUGUGCCUGCUGUUACCCGUCCUCACAAUGUUGUUAUUACGCUGUUCCCGAAUUUAACUGAUUCCUAUCCCGCUCUCCGCCGAUCUAAUGAUCGGGACGGAUCAGGGUUUCAGAUCGUGAUAGUGGAAGGGGGCUUAAGACUUGUACAUGGUCAUUCAUUACAUCAUAUUUAUGAACACAUAUUUUUAUUCACUUUGCUCUGUUUAGAUACAUGUAUAAUACACCCUUUCAGUGGUUAGCUCUUGAAUUACAUUUUAAAGCAUCAAAUUAACGAAAAGUUAUGUCAACUAGGAAAUUAUUCAGGAAUUGGUAGCAAAAAUAAGAAUAUUGUGGAGAAUGGAAAUAACCUCAGGAAUAAAUGUUGAAUAGGGUCAAGAAAAGUGGUAUAUAUACACGUGCAUGUAAUAUUGACAUGACAAAAUAACAAUGCUAGAGUAUACCAUGUAGGGUGAAAACCAUAUUUCUAUCAUAAAAAGAC